AAAUUGUACUUUAAUAAAUAUACACUAAUUUAUUCCCUUACUCAUCAGUUUGGUCCUUUGCUUGUUAUGCCCAUAGCAGGUGAAUUAUGUGAGAGUACAUUUGGUUGGACAGCAGUCUAUCACAUAUUUGGAAGUGUUUCAAUUUUCUUCUUUAUUUUAUUUUGCUUAUUUUUUCGAGAUUCUCCUAAUGAACAUUUUUUAACAACCGAAUUGGAAAGACGAUUAAUCGGAGAUGGCAAAAAACAAAUUUUUGAAGCAGACAAGAACAGCGGAAAUGUUCCUUAUUUAAGAAUGUUGACAGAUAUUGUUGUCUGGGGCAUUUUAAUUUCCAACCUUGGAGCCACUUUUGGCAAUCAAAUUUUUAAUCAACUUGGUCCUCAAUAUUUAAGUAAAGCAUUAGGAAUGCACCCAAAAAAUGCUGGGUUUGCUGCAGCCCUUCCCUUUUUACUUGCUGCAGCAAUAAAAAUUAUGGCUGGACCCAUUAGCGAUAAAAUUGGUAAACGACUUUCUGAGAGAACGAGAGUUAUAUUGUUUACAAGUAUAUCACAGUAUUUCAUGGCUCUACUUUUCACAGCACUAGUUUUGCUUCCCAAAGACCAAACUAUAGCAAUUCAAGCUUGUUACACUGCUGUAGCAGCGUUUUCAGGCCUAUGGCAAAUUGGGGCAGUAAAAUGCGCCCAGCUUGUAAUUAAAUUUUUAAUUAAAAAUAUUUUCUGUUUACUUAGAGUAUUCGUCAAUUUUCUGCUUCCAUAUUCUCAUGGAAUACUUUUGUUAGUUACGCAAUAG